AUGAGUGGUGCAGCUGGCACUUCCGGUGGUUAUCCAGGAUCUGGAUACGGUGGACGAGGUGGUGGCGCCCCUAACCGUUCUUUCGAAGAUCGUGCUUUUGCCAAGGAACAAAUGAUGCAGGCUGUUCGCGAAUCCUCCCAGCAAGACCGCCGUGUCUAUGUGGGCAAUUUGUCAUACGAUGUCAAAUGGCAUCAUCUAAAAGAUUUUAUGAGACAGGCUGGAGAAGUUCUCUUUGCCGAUGUCUUACUACUUCCCAAUGGAAUGUCGAAGGUGGGCGUCAAUGCGAUUGUGGAAUACGCAACGAGGGAGCAAGCACAAAAUGCUGUUUCAACGCUCAGCAACCAGAACCUCAUGGGUAGACUUGUCUACGUCCGGGAGGACCGCGAAGCAGAACCCCGAUUUACUGGACCCCCUCAUCGAGACGCUGCAGGAGCUGGCCGUGGUGGCUUUAGUGGCGGUUACAAUUCACUUGGCAGCCGCCAGAUUUAUGUCUCCAACCUUCCGUUCAACGUUGGCUGGCAGGAUCUGAAGGAUCUUUUUCGCCAAGCCACACAACAAGGUACGGUUGUACGCGCCGAUGUGCACCUUGAUCCCAAUGGACGCCCCAAAGGUUCCGGCAUAGUUGCGUUCGAGAGUGUGGAAGAUGCCCGUAAUGCUAUUCAGCAGUUCAAUGGCUACGAAUGGCAUGGUAGAAACUUGGAGGUACGUGAAGAUCGUUUUGCGGGCUCUACGCCUGGUGGAUUUGGUGGUCGCGGUGGCUUUGGGGGCUUUGCUGGCCGCGGAGGUUUUGGAGGCGGCCGUGGUGGAUUCGCUGGCCGUGGAGGCUAUGGCGGAUUCAGCGGUGGAAGGGGCGGAUUUGGAGGUUUUGGAGGCGGCGCUGGUGGUAAUGAAGCCACCUCCAUUCCUCCCAACCCCUUUACAGAUUUUGCAACCUAUGGUGGUGAAAGGAGCGCUCUUAUCUAUGUUCGCAAUCUACCGUGGUCUACCUGUAAUGAGGACUUGGUCGAGCUCUUCUCCACAAUCGGCAAAGUGGAACGCGCAGAGAUUCAGUAUGAGCAGAAUGGAAGAUCUCGAGGCACUGGUGUCGUCCAAUUCGAUACAAUCGAGAAUGCAGAGACCGCAAUUAGCAAAUUCUCGGGAUACCAAUACGGUGGUCGUCCUCUCGGUUUGACGUUUGUCAAGUACUUGAACUCCGCCUCCGGCGAUAGUAUGGACGUCACUGCAGAUCAGCCAUCCGGCAUUACCCAAGACCAGAUCAUGUGA